AUGGGAAUCCAAGGUUUGCUCCAGUUUAUCAAAGAGGCUGCAGAAUCUACCCACGUGAAGAAGUACAAAGGGCAAGUGGUUGCUGUGGAUACUUACUGCUGGCUACACAAAGGAGCUUAUGCAUGUGCUGAAAAGCUAGCCAAAGCAGAACCCACCAAUCAAUAUGUCACUUACUGUAUGAAACUGGUGGAUAUGCUUUUGUCCUUUGGAGUCAAACCAGUUCUUGUAUUUGAUGGAUGCACGCUGCCUUCCAAAAAGGAAGUUGAAAAGUCACGAAGAGAAAAACGCCAAGCAAAUCUUCUAAAGGGGAAACAGCUGCUCCGGGAGGGGAAACUAUCAGAAGCUAGAGAAUGUUUUGCACGAAGCAUUAACAUCACGCAUGCUAUGGCCUGUGAAGUUAUUAAAGCUGCUCGGGCAAAAGGAAUAGACUGCAUCGUUGCUCCAUAUGAAGCUGAUGCUCAGCUAGCUUACCUCAACAAGACUGGAAUAGUCCAAGCUAUAAUUACAGAGGAUUCAGAUCUUCUUGCCUUUGGGUGUAAAAAGGUGUUUCUGAAACUUGACAAGUUUGGAAACGGCUUGGAAAUUGACCAGGCUCGGCUAGGGAUGUGUAAACAGCUUGGUGAUGUGUUUACAGAAGAGAAAUUCCGCUACAUGUGUAUUCUGUCCGGCUGUGACUACCUUCCAUCAAUUCAUGGCAUUGGGUUAAGCAAGGCGUGCAAGUUACUAAAAAUAGCCAACAAUCCUGAUAUUAUAAAGGUCAUUGGGAAAAUAGGGCAGUACUUGAAGAUGAAUAUAAUAGUACCUGAAGAAUACAUAGAAGGAUUUAUUCGUGCUAAUAACACUUUUCUCUAUCAGCUGGUUUUUGACCCAAUCAGAAGAAAACUUGUUCCUUUGAAUGCUUACGAUGAUGAUGUUAAUCCAGAAACACUACUGUACGCUGGGAAACACAUAGGUGAUAGCACCGCUUUUCAAAUUGCACUUGGAAAUAAAGACAUCCAUACAUUGGAGCAAAUAGAUUACUACAAUCCUGAUGUUUCACAGUCUGUUCAGCCAAGAAGUUGCAGUUGGAAUGACAAACCUAUUGGUCAGAAGCCAUCCAAUUUAAAGAGUAUUUGGAGCAGAGACUACAAGCCUGGUUUUGCUGCUGAGAUUGUGCCAACUUCUGCACCAUUGUUGGAGAAGUCCCCAACCAAAGGCAUAGAGCGGCUAAUUAGUACCAAAGGGCUGAAACUUCCACACAAAGCUGUGUUGGCAAAAAGGCAAAGACAUGAGGAACUAUCAGAUGGAGAUCUCUUGAGCCAGUAUUCCUUUUCCAACUCAAAAAAACCUAAAACAGAAAAGGAUGAAGACAUCAAGCAUAAUGCCGUUGUCAGUGCAGUGACUCCAACUAAUGCUUCAAUGGACCCUUCCAAUAAUAAAGAAACUUCAAACUCCCAGCCUCAACUUAGAAAUAAAUUUGCCUUUCUGCAGAAGAAGAAUGAGCAAAGUGGUGCAGUUGUUGUUCCAGGAACCAGAAGCAGGUUCUUUUGCAGUAUCAUGGAUAUGCCUGAUGAUAUACCAAAGGGUAAUGCCCACCCGCCAUCCCAGGGAAGUGGGGUGGAUUGUCAGCCUACAGAAACUCAAAGUGAGAAAGCAAAAGAUGACAGUUCUUGUUCUCCAUAUACUGAGGAAACUGGAAAAACCGCCUCACCUUCACUUCGGACAACACAAACAAGCUGCUUCAGUUGGUCUAGAAGCUUUGCAGAAAGAUCUGGAACACCCAGCCCAACUCAACAUGUAGCACUGCUAAACCAGUUUCGCCGACAUACUCUUGGCAAGACUGCAUCUCAGGAAUGUGGAUCACGGAUAUUAAGGUCAGCAUGUAGUGAAGAGUCAGAUGAAGAAUCUUCAGCAUUAAAAGGACUGGGAUGUUUAUCUGAACAAAAGCCAAAUGAACUUUCUCAGAGCAAUCUGGACUGUCUAGAAGAUUCUCCAGUGGCCACUGAAAAGGCUAUUGAUGUCAAAGAACCUGCCUGCAGUCCAGAAUCAGACUGUAAUUCUCAAGUCUCUCCAUUCUUUGACUCAUUACAUACUGAGAAGGAUACAGUCCUCGAGACCAUGGUUUUUGGAUUACAUAAAACCAGCCCUUUAAGGUCCCAUGCUGUGACAAAAUGCAACUCACUAAAGCAAGCCAAAGUUAGUGGCUUAAGGAAAAAAAUAACAAGUGCAAAGAAGAAAAACCAUCAUAAUGCUGAAAAUAAGUCUGGACUGCAGGUGACAAUCAAUGAACUGUGGAAAAGCUUCCAUUUUAAAAGGCAAUCUGAAAGGCUACCAUCUUGUAAAAAACCAGAACCACUGUCUCCAAUCAAAGAUAACAUCCAGCUCACUCCAGACAUAGAUGAUGAUUCUUUUAAUAAACAUGAAUUCAGUCAUGUACAGCGGAAAAUAUUUCAAUGAACUAAUGUCACAGAUCUGAACAACUUUAUAAUCAUUGGCUGACAGUCUCUUCUAAACAGAUUUGAAUUAAUUGUCCAUAUACAACACAAAUCAAAGUAUCAUUUGCACCUGUUUGGACAUGAGCUGUGAUUUAUAGAAUUCAUCAGAAAUUUUGUCAGCUUCUGUUUUGUAAGAAGCAAAUGAACAGUAAAGCAUUUAAC